CUUGUUUAUCAGGGAGCGAAACAAGAGCAAACAAGUACACUGUACAGGUAGAGAUAUAAUGGCAGCAGAAAGAGACUCUGACGUUGCGAUCAACGCGGUCGGUUACGUUUUCAUUUUCUUGAGUUGUGCGAUUUUUAUGACGGGGGAAAAGACUAGAAGUAAUUCAAAUUUCGCACCAUACUGACCAUGUUGUUUUUCCGAAGCACUUCGUUCUUCAGUGAAUGAAAAAACGCGACCUCCUACUCGUUGUGUAAGUAGCUUUAAUGUCUUAGCUGCGCUCUACGUGCCUUGGCUAUCGGUGGUUCCGAGAAAUAACGAACUUGCGGUAGCAAAUAGAAGCAGCGAGGAUCAAGAGAAAACGAAGGAUAAGGGACCUGCUUCUGAUCCUAUUUCACGCGAAUCUGGUGUCUUCCGACUGUCUUUGCGACAACGCGCUUGGGUUGGAAUCGUUGGCGCUCUCUGCGCUGGUGGUGGCAAUGUUAUUGCCUACCGAAUCGUGCUUGCGGAACAUCUAGAUGGUACCAUCAUCGAGCGGCGUGGCGUCGGUGGUGUGAUAACGACACUGCUGAUUUCCCUUGCCCUAUUCUUUAUUUUCGGGAGUCACUGCAUGCUGUUGGGCUUGGCGCAGGUCCAGGUGGGUGGUGACGAUGCUAAAAAUCUGAAUUCACUAGCUCUUCUCGACAAGCGGACCUUUGCUAAGCGUGAGCUGUUUGCAGUUGGAUUGACGCUUUUGAUCGUGGUGGCGAAGUUAUCGAUGGGGAUUGUUCAUUACAAAGAAGACUGCUGCGCGUGCACAACUUGAAUUUGAAAGGUAUUGUAAGCAAAUGAGAGAAUGAAGUUCGUUGAAGAGUGCUGCCCUUUUGAUAGUUCGAGAACAACUCUAAUGAGGCAAACUCAGACAAACGCAUUGUGUCAACGCAGCUCAUUGAAGCCUCGAUAGGAAAAGAUGUUACAUCAUUGAAAGCAAG